GGAACCAAGGAUUUGGAGGACUUUUAUUUUGAAGAAAAUGUCCGGAAGAGUAUUUGCAGGUCGACGUUGUUGGUCUUCAGCACUGGCUUGGCCGUAGGUUAUUAUGUCGCACCAUUGUUGUGCGUUUUAUAUUCAAGUCCUGAGCAUUUGAGAAACCAUUCAGAAACCAGUAGUUUCAUCGAGGGUCCCAUACUUUCGUUCAAUCUUUUUCCCCACAUAGCACGGCGACAAAGAACGGGACUUAUAAGACCUCUUCUGCACAGUGUCCUUGCAGUUGCCCUGUCAAACCAUAAUGAUCACCAGAAGAAGAGGCCGCUCUGUCAACAACACAGAGGUGAAGUCUCCUGAUUUUGAAGUGGUAAACACAGUGGAAACUGUCGAAGAUUUUCUGAGUCCAUCUGUGGAUAUCACAGCUGAUGAUAUUGACACCGCUGGAUUAGAGCUAGAUGACCUGUUUGGAAUUGAAGGCUUAAAAUGGACACUUGAAAGAGAGAGAGGCUCCCCACUCUUCAAUGUUGAAUUGGCUGAUCUUGGUGUGUACAGGGAUCCAGAUUCUGGGUUUGAAGCUUCAACAGCCUCGUCUCCAGAGAGAAUGUCAUCUGACUUAAAGAUCAAGAACAAACAAAACCAGUCAAGCUAUGGGAUAAACAAGAAUGCCAUCGCUGCCAGGUUGAAUCGUCUCAAGAAGAAAGAAUAUGUCAGCAGCUUGGAGAAGAAAGUUGGCAUCCUGUCAACAGAAAACAGCAUGCUCAAACAGGAAAAUUCUCAGAUGACCAAGAGAGUAGAAGAAUUGGAAGAUGAGACCAGGUACCUGAGGGCUGUGCUGGCCAAUGAGAGCAUGUUAGCCCAGCUCUUGUCCAGGCUGAGCGGUGUGAAUGGGAUGAAAUUAUCUUCCUCGCUUUUCCAGGGGUGUGAUUCCAACGACCAUGACUAUGCCUUACCCAGGAAGAGUGUGAACGUGGAGGAAAAAGAGACAUCUGGUGGCGUGUGUCUGCACGUGGACAAGAACCAUGUCUCAGUGGAGUUCUGCACUAAGUGUGCAGAGAGUGCAAGCACAUCACUCAAAAUGUAGGGUCAAGUACUUCUCUCUGUUUUCAGAUAUUGAGACUGAACUUGAUAUGGUUCAGAGUACUGAACUUGUUGAGGGUGGAUGAACACUGAGUUAGUUAAGAUUACCUAAGAACUGCUGAAUGUGCAUGUGUUACUGUAUGAUGAUGGAUUGAGUACACGUUACUGCUAAACCUUGUUGACAGUUUCUUCUAGGUAAUGGUUGAUCCACCAUGCGGGAUGAGUGGCUUUCUGAACACCAUUAUCUGCUUGACUCCAUGUGGAUUCUGCUGGUGGAAGGUGAAGAGGCUGGUCAAGCUGCCGCCAACAUGGCCUGGUAUUUUUUAAAGGUAGUAUCGGUAACAAAUGGUAUACGUGAUUACAUUUUACCAAUGCUCCACAACAUCUGUAGCUCUACAUACUAUCUGUAGCUCAUGCAGCAUUCUUCUGCCUACAGUGGCUCCAUUAUUUGGAGCAAUGCUACCAAGGGUUUAAUACUUAUAAUUAUGUAUUGUACAUAUUUGUUUUGGAAUGUAUUCAUUAAAUACAUCCAGGUUCAUCUACUACAAGUGGUGAAAUUGCCAUUUUGAUGAAGUGUAACAAAGUGUAAAUGUGUAUAUAAUGUUGAAUACAUAUUGUUUGAAGUAAAUGACCGUUGAGAAUUGUUGGUCAAAUAAAUCAUAUUUUCAUUAUGUUUAAGUUACAAAUAUCUGCAGUGUCUUGUUCUGUACUGUUGAUAUUAAUGCAUCUCUUUUUCUCUUUCUAAACAGCAAGCUCUCUGCCGAUACAGGUCUUACUUUUCCUGAACAUUUGGGUCAAGUCUGGUAAAGGUUGUCAAAACAAAUGACCAAGGCCUCAGUUGAUGGAAGUACAAAGUACACAGGGUUUAAUCAUCCUGCCCAUGUUUUAGUCAAUUUCAAAUCAUAAAUUCUAAUUUCCCUGCAAAAAAUAAAGUCCACAGGACAUCCCCUAAAUGAUAUAGUGCUCCUUUACAUCCGUUAGACGUUAUGACUUGAUUUUAUUAGCAAUGUUGUAAUUUUUUAUACAUAAUUUACACUUAAUCCAUUUAUUAGGUACACCAGCUAAAACCCUUGUUUGAGGAUUUAUAGUAGGACUGUUAGAUUUGACAGACUUAGCUUUAGCCAGAUGUACCUAAUAAACUGUGUAUAGAACAUAAACCGCCUCUGUUUUACUCAAGAAUAUUAACAUUGUUCUACAGUAACCACUGCCCGGCCACUUCAUUAGCUACACCUGCACACUUGCAUGCAACACUUCCACCUUGACAUGCAUGCGCUUGUAAAGCUUAAAAUGUUUUUUUGGUAACGCUGUUAUAAAUGUUUAAAUUCAGUUUAUUAUUGAGGUCAUAGUUAAAGGUGGUGUUGUACUGGACUACAUUAUAUAUAUUUUUUCUCCCCUGCCACAUACAUGAGGGGGUCAGAAUGUUGGGCACACUUCUGAAUAUCAUGUAGUCCAGUACACCACCACCUUUAAGUAUGACCUCAAUAAUAAACAUAAUUGAAUUUAUACAUUUGACAAUUUCACCAAAAACAAACAUUUUGCGCUUCAUAAACAGAUGUUAAGGCCGAAAUGUUGCAUUGAAGCACAUACAAUUAUGCAGGUGUCUGGGCAGUGUAUAAUGUAGAAUGAUGUUAGUAUUGAAAAGCAGUAAAAGUAAAAAGCAUUAAUUUGUUGCCAUCAAGUCAAACUCAAAUAUUGAAACCAAAAAUUG